AUGUCGAAGCUACCUAGCCCAGGCGCUCCUUCCGGGGAUGCGCCUCCAAACGAAGGUCAGGCGCCUGAUGUAAUAAAGCUGUUGGAGAAGCACUUCUCCCCCGAUCCCAAUCAAGAAUCGGGUGGGUGGACGCCUCGUGGUAGCAAAGAGGCGCCCGCCAAAGACGCAGUUCUUCUUCAGUGGCGGCGCCUAGCAGUUCUCGUGGGAAAGCAUUGA